UUGAACGAGCCUCCAUGCUGGUGAUCUUGUUGAACUGCGUCACCCUGGGGAUGUUCCAACCCUGUGAGGACCACGACUGUGAGUCGGAACGAUGCAAGAUCCUGGAGGACUUUGAUGACUUUAUCUUUGCGUUCUUUGCGGUGGAGAUGGUCAUCAAGAUGGUGGCACUGGGCAUCUUUGGGAAGAAGUGUUAUCUAGGAGACACCUGGAACAGGCUCGACUUCUUUAUCGUACUGGCCGGAAUGCUAGAGUACUCUCUGAACCUGCAGAACGUGAGUUUCUCAGCGGUGAGAACGGUUCGAGUUCUGAGACCCCUCCGAGCCAUCAACAGAGUACCUAGUAUGCGUAUCCUGGUGACCCUGCUACUGGACACCCUGCCCAUGCUGGGGAAUGUCCUGCUGCUCUGUUUCUUUGUCUUCUUCAUCUUCGGCAUUGUGGGCGUGCAGCUGUGGGCGGGGCUACUGAGGAACCGCUGCUUCCUGCCUGAGAACUUCUCACUUCCUCUGUCCGUCGAGCUCGGCAACUAUUACCACACGGAGAACGAUGACGAGAACCCCUUCAUCUGCUCCAUGCCCAGGGAGAACGGCAUGCGCCUGUGUUCCUCUGUGCCCACCCUGUAUGAGGAGGGAGGUCUCCAGUGUCAGAUGGACAUGAAGUCCUACAACAGCACAGACAACACCACCUGUAUCAACUGGAACCAGUACUACAGUAACUGCUCGGCGGGACACGUCAACCCCUUCAAAGGGGCCAUCAACUUUGAUAACAUCUGCUACGCCUGGAUCGCCAUCUUUCAGGUGAUCACGCUGGAGGGCUGGGUGGACAUCAUGUACUUUGUGAUGGAUUCUCACUCCUUCUACAACUUCAUCUACUUCAUCCUCCUCAUCAUCAUUGGCUCUUUCUUCAUGAUCAACCUGUGUCUGGUCGUCAUCGCCACCCAGUUCAGUGAGACCAAGCAGAGGGAGAGCCAGCUGAUGAAGGAACAGCGCAUCCGUUUCCUGUCCAACGCUAGUACCCUGGCCUCCUUCUCCGAGCCGGGCUCCUGCUACGACGAGCUGCUCAAACUCUUGGUCCAUGUCAUCCGCAAGGGGUGCAGGCAGGUGGCCCAUGUCUGUCGGGCCUUGAUGCGCCGUGCUGGGAUGAACAUUGCAGCCUCUCCCCCUGCCCUGGAGCGAGAGAGGGGGAGCCAGAGAAGGAGGAGGAAGGCUUCCAGACAGGGUUCUGUGGUCUCCAGAAAAGGGUCGAUGUCCGUUCAUCACUUGGCUCACCAACAUCACCAUCAUCAUCAUCACUAUCACCUAGUGAAUGGGAGUGUGAGGGGGGGACUAGGGGGUAGGGUGGAGGGGGUCGGGGGAGGAGGGGCGGACGUGGAGACGGGUUCACAUAGCAACAACGGUGGCGCUGGACGGCUCAUGUUGGGUCCUCCUCCUUCGACCUCUGACCUGAACUUGGCGACCCCGGCGUCACCAGCCAAUCCCACGCUGGGCAUCAUGUGCCACACAGACUGCCACCUGGAGCCCACCACCCCCACUACCCUCACCCCUACCCCUAGCCCCUUCUCCCUGGCACCCACCCCCAUGUCCAGGGCUAUGAAGAGGAACUCAGUGCCCUUUGCUGCCCCCGGUCCUAAGAACUACCCCACCCUACAGCCCAGGGCACUAAUGGAGUCUAGAAGUGUCAGUGUUACAGCUAGUACCAUCAGUAAUAUAAACCUCAACCUCAAUAUACCACCACUAACCUUGGAGAGGGGGCCUCAGAGUCUGGUGGACACACACACACCCAUGCCAGCCCAGCUAUCCAACCGUGACCUGAGUGUCAUCGGAACCCUGGACCCCGCGUUCCCCUUUGACCCAGAGUCAUGCCCAUACUGUGCCAAGGCCCUAGCAGGGGAGUCAGAGGGCACGGACGGAAACGAGAACCCCGGGGACUCAGACAGCGAGGGCAUCUACGAGUUCACCCAGGACCUCCACCACAGAGACCGCAGGGACCGUCGGGACAGCCGUCAGCCCAGGAAGGGGCAGCGAAAGCUGGGUACCACGGCAGGGCGAGUGGUCCGGGCCUGGAGGCUGGUGUGUGACACCUUUAGGAAGAUAGUCGACAGCAAGUACUUUGGAAGAGGGAUCAUGAUCGCCAUUCUGAUUAAUACACUGAGUAUGGGGAUUGAAUACCACGAACAGCCUGAUGAGCUGACCAAUGCGUUGGAGAUCAGUAACAUAGUGUUCACCAGUCUGUUUGCCUUGGAGAUGUUACUCAAGGUGUUGGUCUAUGGGCCAUUCGGAUACAUCAAAAACCCCUACAACAUUUUUGACGGAAUCAUAGUGGUCAUCAGUGUAUGGGAGAUCGUGGGCCAGCAGGGCGGUGGUCUGUCUGUGCUGCGUACCUUCAGACUGAUGCGCGUGUUGAAGCUGGUGCGCUUCAUGCCCGCUCUGCAGAGGCAGCUGGUGGUGCUGAUGAAGACCAUGGACAACGUGGCCACCUUCUGUAUGCUACUCAUGCUCUUCAUUUUCAUCUUCAGUAUCCUGGGCAUGCAUCUGUUUGGCUGUAAGUUUGGAUCAGAGAGAGAUGGAGACACUCUACCAGACAGGAAGAACUUUGACUCUCUGCUCUGGGCCAUCGUCACUGUGUUUCAGAUCCUAACUCAAGAGGACUGGAACAAGGUGCUGUAUAAUGGUAUGGCUUCCACCACUCCUGUGGCUGCUCUCUACUUCAUCGCCCUCAUGACCUUUGGGAACUACGUCCUCUUCAACCUGCUGGUGGCCAUCUUGGUGGAAGGCUUCCAGACUGAGGGAGAAGAAUCCAAGUCAGUGUCGGAGGCAGAUUUAUCCUCGAGGAGUAUGGAGGACGUGAACGGCAGUAGAAAGGAUGUGUCUGGCUCCCCGGUAGUCCCAAUAAACGGUCAUGUUGACCUGAAGACCAGUCUGACCCCUCCUCUGAUUACCCAUACUGCUGCCACCCCCAUGCCCGUUCCCAAGCUGCCCUCCGUGGGUGACCCUGCCCUGGGCUACGAAUCUCGACGCGGCAGCAAUGUCUCCAUGGACCUAGCCUCUUACGACAAGUCUCCGACCAGUGCCCGUAGCACCUCCCCUUACGCCCCGUGGUGCUCUGCCAGUGGCUGGACCAGCCGUCGAUCGAGCUGGAACAGCUUAGGCCGCGCCCCCUCGCUCAAACGAACAAAGCUUCAGUCUGGCGAACGGCGGUCGCUCCUCUCCGGCGAGGGAGGGUCCAGUUCGGAGGAUGAGGAGGGUGGAGGAGGGGGGACAUCGGAGGGGGACGAUGCAUCCCUGUGUCAUAUUAAUUCCAUGUCCCAGCCCAGACACAGGAGGAUGGAGUCGGUGGAGACCAGGGGGUCCAUAGACCUGGCCCCCGACACACUGCUACAGGUGCCCUACCUGUAUCGCUCAGCCAGUAUGCACAGCUCCAGACCCCCCUCGCUAGGAGGCCUGAGAGCCCCAGAACACAGUGACUGUAAUGGGAAGGGUACUUCGGCCCCUGGCGGGGCCCUGGCCCCUACACAGCUCUCCCUGGAGGACAACACAGAGGACGACGCAGCAGAGGAGGAGGUGGUCGUGGGUCAUUUUGCCAGGCUGUCAGGCUGGCUGGACAGGAAACAGCCAGAGUGGUGUCGACAGAGAGAUACCUGGUCCCUGUACAUAUUACCCCCAGACUCCAGGUUUCGGAUGGCGUGCAAUAAGAUCAUAACCCACAAGAUGUUUGACCACAUUGUUCUGGUCAUCAUCUUCCUCAACUGCAUCACCAUCGCCAUGGAGAGGCCGAGGAUAGACCCAUACAGCGUGGAGCGAAUCUUCCUCACGUUAUCCAACUACAUCUUCACAGCGAUCUUCGUGGCUGAGAUGACAGUAAAGGUGGCUGCACUGGGAUGGUUAUUUGGUGAUAAGGCCUACCUGAGGAGCAGCUGGAACAUUCUAGAUGGGAUUUUAGUGAUGAUUUCAGCCAUAGAUAUCCUGGUCUCAUUGGUAUCGAACAGCAGCCCCAAGAUACUGGGCAUGCUCAGAGUGCUGCGCUUGCUACGGACGCUCAGGCCACUACGUGUUAUCAGCAGGGCGCCAGGUCUGAAGCUGGUAGUGGAGACUCUGAUGUCAUCUCUGAAGCCUAUAGGGAACAUCGUGGUCAUCUGCUGCGCUUUCUUCAUAAUCUUUGGUAUCCUGGGAGUACAGCUCUUCAAGGGGAAGUUCUUUGCAUGUCAGGGAGAUGACGUGAGAAACAUCACCAACAAGUCAGACUGUAUAAUGGCCAACUACAAAUGGGUUAGACAGCAGUACAACUUUGAUAACCUGGCACAGGCUCUGAUGUCUCUCUUCGUGCUGGCUUCUAAGGAUGGUUGGGUGGAUAUCAUGUAUGAUGGAUUAGAUGCAGUGGGAGUCAACCAACAGCCACAGCUGAACUACAACCCGUGGAUGCUCCUCUACUUCAUCUCCUUCCUGCUCAUCGUCAGCUUCUUCGUGCUCAACAUGUUCGUGGGCGUGGUGGUGGAGAACUUCCACAAGUGUCGUCGCAGCCAGGAGGCCGAGGAGGCUAAGCGCAGGGAGGAGAAGAGACUGAAACGGAUGGAGAAAAAGAGACGGAAAGCUCAGAGUAAGCCUUACUACUCGGAUUACUCCCCCACUCGUCUCCUCAUCCACAAGAUGUGCACCUCCCAGUAUCUGGACCUCUUCAUUACCAUUGUCAUCGCACUCAAUGUCAUCACCAUGGCGAUGGAACACUACCAGCAGCCAAAGGAGUUGGACGAGGCGUUGAAGAUCUGUAACUACAUCUUCACCAUCGUCUUCGUCCUGGAGUCUGUCUUCAAGCUGGUGGCCUUUGGCUUCCGGCGUUUCUUCAAGGACAGGUGGAACCAGCUGGACCUGGCCAUAGUGUUGUUGUCCAUCAUGGGCAUCACUCUGGAGGAGAUUGAGGUCAACGCAUCCCUGCCCAUCAACCCUACUAUCAUCAGAAUCAUGAGAGUGCUAAGGAUAGCACGAGUGCUGAAGCUACUGAAGAUGGCAGUGGGGAUGAGAGCGUUGCUGGACACUGUCAUGCAGGCUCUGCCUCAGGUGGGGAAUCUGGGUCUUCUCUUCAUGCUGCUCUUCUUUAUCUUCGCAGCACUGGGAGUGGAACUGUUUGGUGAUCUCAUUUGUGAUGAGCUGCACCCGUGUGAGGGCUUGGGACGCUACGCUACAUUUAAGAACUUUGGCAUGGCCUUCCUGUUGCUGUUCAGAGUAUCCACAGGAGACAACUGGAACGGCAUUAUGAAGGACACCCUGCGAGACUGUCAACAGGAGAAUGCAGGCACCUGUUACAACACGGUGGUCUCCCCCAUCUACUUCGUCUCCUUUGUGUUGACAGCCCAGUUUGUCUUGGUCAACGUGGUCAUAGCCGUCCUCAUGAAGCACCUGGAGGAGAGCAACAAAGAGGCCAAGGAGGAGGCAGAGCUGGAGGCUGAACUAGAGCUGGAGCUCCAGCAUGGAGGAAGGGGAGGGUGUGGCAGUGGGAGAUCACCCCAGCUAAGCCCUCUGGCCCUGGGCAUGGAGGAGGGAUCUGGCGGCUCCCCCUGGAGGUCUCCAGAGAGGGAGAUCCAGAGGGGCAAUGUGAUGGAUUCUCCCCCAGCAGAUAUCACUAGAAGAGACUCCAUACACAUCAGCACUGAUGCUCCGCUAGGCCUGGAGCCACCACUAGAGCGAAGAGCGAUGUUUGACUCGGUCUCCUCGGUGAUCCAGGGUUCGAUGGAGGGAGAGUUGAGUCUGAUGGACAACCUGUCAGGGUCAAUAUGUCACUACUACGCCCUACCCCCACUACCCAGCAAGCACUGCAGUGACAAGAAGGUGGAGUUACUUGAUCCUGGGGAGCCGCUGGAGGACAACCUGUUGAGUGUACGGAAGUCAGCGGUGAGCCGCACCCACUCUCUACCCAAUGACAGCUACAUGUUCCUGCCUCUGGAGCCCUUCGGACCCCCAGGAGCCGGCCUGGCUCCUGGCUUAUCUCCAGUACUGACACAGGCUACAGGGCCGCAGCACAUAGAGGCACUUAGCAGCGCCCUGUCAGGCUCCAGUACCUCGGUGCGGUCCCAACCAGAGGAGAGCUCCCAGCAGUCGGCUGUGCCUACAGACUUCUUCAGACCCAUCAGUCCUCACAGCCUCUCAGACUCAGAGAAUAUACCCAGACUACCCCCGCCACAGCACACACACACACUUAGCCGCACACUCCGCAGACAGGUGGCAGUAUCUAAUGAUUCCCAGGAGGCUCUGUGGUCUGACGGAGGGGAGUGUGAGGAGGGGGUCCUAAAUGUAGCUUCCCUAGCCCUCCCCCUUUCCUCCUCCUCUUCCUCAUCCUCCCAUCUUCACCAGCAGCCUUCUCUCUGGCUGGUCCCUGCCACCCCAGGGGCGUCCCCUCAACUGUCGCGCCCCAGUAGUGUUCACACCCAACACCCCUUCUCAAACCAUGACCAGCACCACCUCUCCUCCUCACCCAACUCCCCCUCCUCCCUCUCCUCACCCCCUCCUCCCCUCCCCUCCACUCGCCCCUGGAGACAGGAAGAGGCCUCGGCAGACCACGAGGUGUCGCUCAUCAACCGGGUGGGGCUGGCGGGGAGUGAGGAUGUCACCGGUGUCGGACUGGGGUCAGAGGUCGGAGGUCUCAAUGGCAGUUACCAAGGUCAUGAGGUUGGCUGUGGUGAGGGGAGCCGGCCGUGCCUGAGACAGCUGAAGAGGUUCCACAGCGCUGACGCCCAGGGUCGGAGCAUUCUAGCGUCCCGGCCACGCCCCCUGUCCUGGUUGGACGAUCCUCGGCGCCACUCAGUGGAGGUGUGUUCGUCUGUAGAGUCCAGUCCCCAGUGCAGCACCAUGUCCUCGGGGUUCGUCUCCCGAGCAGACAGCCUCCAGAUCCAUUCCCAGACCACAACAAAGACCCUGCCCUCUCCCCGACGCAAGAAGAAAAUGAGCCCCCCGUGUAUCUCCGUAGACCCCCCUGAUGGACUGGAGUCCCAGCCCGGCCUCCACCCUACCCUGGGAGGUUUAGGGGGCCUAGGGAUGCCCCCUCCCUUACCCAGCCGGGAUACCUCCUGUCUGAGGAGACGGGCUCCCUCCAGUGACUCCAAGGACUCCUUUGACCUCGGGGCAGGGGAGGGGCUGGGCCAGGAGGGAGGGGGGCCCAACCCCAAGCUGUUGACUCUGCCCAGCUUCUCCUUCGAGAAGACAAGCUCUGAGCACUGAACACUCACACACACUGAUGUACACACACACACACACACACACACACACACACACACACACACACACACACACACACACACACACACACACACACAGACAAACCAUUAAGCACAUAGGCACACAGACACACACAUGCAAACACACGAUACACUUGGUGUAUCCGUGAUGGUGAUAGUCGUAGUAAUAAUACCGUAGAGUGUAAUUAUGGUAAAACUACAACAAAACGGUCAAAUCAUCCUUGGUUUUAUUGAGGAUCCGUGCAGUACUGUCGUAGUGUGACCAUCCCUUGUCUUUGUAUUGUUGUACUGCCAAAACCACAAGAACGUGAAAAGAACACAGCAUAAGCAGAGUUGAAACAAGAAUACAAACAUGACUGUUUCUCUUCUACCACACCUGCAUGCCGCCAUUGGCUGCAGGUCGACCCCAUGACCUCUGGAGUGAAGUCAGCACCAAUAGCUUUGGAUAGCGCCUGCCUGUGGCCACUAUUGGGAAUGCUCAGUGUUAGACAGUGGGACUUCACCCUCACACGGGCAACAGUGGAGGUACAAAGCAAUAUGAACGAUUUAGAGACACUAUUUUCUUAAAUUAUUGGGCCAUAGUGUUUGUACAGGAUGUAGAUUUUUUUAUUAUUUCAUUAUAUAUUUUUUGGGGGUGAUCUUUUUUGUGACGGGUUUCAAUUUUUCUCUGUUUGUUUCAAUGUUCGAAAAAAUGUUUAGCUAGUCGGUUUUGUUUAAUUUUAGGGAUAUUUUCUAGCUUUCUUGAUUUGCUGAGGAAAGUGAUUUUUUUUCAAAGUGCUGAGAAUCAUGUAUU